AGUGAUUAAAGGGCGGUCGGUCAGACUCGGUCUCUGGUACGAACGAUUUCACCUUUACCACACCCUUUUCACCUUUACGCAUGUGCAGAUUAUGCCACGAUGAAGACUAACACCACGCAUGCGUAAUUAGCAAAUCAAGUUUUUUCCAUUCGACCUUUUUUGCGGUUUGUUGUCGGCGGACGAGAAAGUACGCCAUAUUUCAUUAUUUAUAGUGUCAACUUGAAAUGAAAAUAGAUUGUUUUCAUUUAAAAUUUAGCUUUCUUUUCACGUUUUACCGUGUAUUCUAGGCUAGUUUUCAAUGAAAUCUUCGUGACGGAUAUCUCUUCUGGUUUAAGCGGACGAAAAUAUCCACAAUUUCUGCCGGGUGAAGGCUUUUUAGCGCACAGAUUUACAAUAGUCAAAGUGACUGGGCGGACGACGGUGUCAUUGUGGUAAUAAUUAUCCUGUGGAAAUGUCUGCUAAAAACGACGAAAAUAGGAAACUCUCACAAGACGAGAUAAUAAGCAAUACGAAAAACGUUGUCCGUGGUUUGGAAACCUUAAAGAAUGAACAUUCUGGGAUUUUGAAAAAUCUGACUCCCGAGACAUCAAAUUAUGGCAACGCCGGACAUGUUAAAACUGACAUUUUAAAAUCAUCUUUGGAGAAAAUCGAAUUAGGGAUUGGUGAAGCUCAGGUUAUGAUGGCCCUCGGCAGUCACCUGAGUACCGUGGAGGCAGAGAAGCAAAAGCUCAAGGCUCAGGUUCGGCGACUAUGCCAGGAGAACGCUUGGCUACGAGAAGAACUCUCUGUAACGCAACAGAAAUUUCAAGAAAGCGAGCAGAAAGUUGCUCAGUUAGAGGAAGAAAAGCAACAUUUGGAAUUCAUGCAGUCCAUGAAGAAAUAUGAUGAUGAUAGACAAAUUCAGGACGAAGGAAUUGAAAAUGAUUAUGGUAGCAUUGCGGACCUAUCUCAAGAUGAAGAGUCUGAAAAUGGUGUUGAUGAUGAAACUUUGAGCCAAGUCUCAGCGACUUCAACUGGUACAACCGCAGGGGUAUACGAAAUCCCGGCGAGGUUACGAACCCUUCAUAACUUGGUCAUACAAUAUGCUUCACAGGGUCGAUAUGAGGUCGCAGUGCCUUUGUGCAAACAAGCGCUGGAAGAUUUAGAAAAGACUUCAGGUCAUGAUCAUCCAGAUGUUGCCACAAUGUUGAAUAUCUUGGCUUUGGUUUACAGAGAUCAGAACAAGUAUAAAGAAGCCGCGAAUCUACUUCAUGACGCUUUAACGAUCAGAGAAAAAACACUCGGAGAGGAUCAUCCUGCUGUUGCAGCAACGUUAAACAACCUGGCGGUCUUGUAUGGAAAGAGAGGAAAGUACAAAGAUGCAGAACCGUUAUGCAAGAGAGCUUUAGAGAUACGGGAAAAGGUUCUUGGAAACGAUCAUCCCGAUGUGGCGAAGCAGCUGAAUAACUUGGCGUUGCUUUGCCAAAAUCAAGGAAAAUAUGAAGAAGUCGAGAAAUAUUAUCAAAGAGCGUUGGAGAUUUACACGACCAAACUAGGCCCGGACGAUCCAAAUGUGGCUAAAACUAAGAACAAUUUGGCUUCAGCAUACCUCAAACAAGGGAAGUACAAAGCUGCAGAAACGUUAUAUAAACAGGUCUUAACUCGUGCACAUGAGCGAGAGUUUGGGACUGAGACAGAUGGCAAAGGUGAUGAACGUGGUCGGGGUGGGGACAACGCUCCUUACGGUGAAUACGGGGGGUGGCACAAGGCUGCUAAAGUUGACAGUCCUACGGUCACGACUACACUACGCAACCUUGGUGCCCUGUAUCGACGGCAAGGGAAGUACGAAGCUGCUGAGACCUUGGAGGAGUGUGCUUUGAGAUCGAAGAAAAAUGCACUAGACGUGAUUCGUCAAAGCAAGGUUGUUCAAAUUCUAUCAGAUGGAGGAACUUACUCCCCAAGCACGAACUCCCCUCGGAGUGCUUCCCCGGUGGGUUCAGGUGCCGCUCGGAUGGUGGACAAAGACGACCCUGCACUACGAGAUGAAGACAAGCGCGCAAACAGCAAACGUGAGAAAGCUUUUACAAGGCUGAGGAAGACGUUGAGCAACCGAGGACAGCGUUUGAUGGAAAAGAUGGGUGCUGGGACCAGCAGUGAUUCUGAUCAGCAGCUGACCCGUUCUUCGUCACGUGAUAAUCUAACGGAGCAAGCGAAAGUUCCUGGAUCUGAGCGAAUAUCACGAAGUACAUCUCAUCUUGCAGAUAUCAAAGGCGGCCACGCUGGACACGGCAGCUCCAAUACCUUUCAUUCAUGAAAUGAUAUUGCUCCAUUUUCAUCGUCUUCACACACGUAUUGUUCCAUGAAAAUCUUAACCUAGUUUGAGGGUUAGACCCUUAUGCAUUCCUUUCAUAAAAAGGCUGUUUUACUGUCUCUUUACUCUUUAGGGGUGAGGAAAAUCCUUUCCUUUGAACAGUCAAAAGACUACAGAAAGUACUAGCAUUGCUUGGAAAUACGUAGAGGGAGUAGAACAGCCUUUAUGAAAGAAUUAACACGCAAACAUAUCCUUUUAAAUUAAAAGUAAUCGUUCGUAAGGAAGAUAAUAUAAUUCAGAGAUGUAAUUAUGAUAUUGACUUGAAUCAAGCUGUCAUUAAAAUACUUGAGAAAAACAA